AUGUCUGAGGGCAUAGACCGGGCUGGCUCGACCAGCGACGCAUCGACGCCAACGUCACCGUUCUUCUAUCCGGGCGCAUCUGACUUCGUCUCAAAGCGCACACCAGCGACCGACAGUCGCACCACCAGCGGCCAACUCAGAACCGCCUUCAACACGAUGCCUGACCCAAGAUCUUCAAGCCGCAAGCCAGUUCGCCCAGGCCUUCCCUUGUUCACCUCGUCUACCUGGUCACCCAGCGGCGAUCAGCCCAUCCGCAGCGCUGGAAUUCCUCCAAAAUCGAGCUGGGAGAGCUUCGCCGGUCACCGCGGUAGUUUCAAUGCUGGCCAGUCGAAGGCGUCGCCAACCACUCCCGGGUUCAACGCUGGUACCUCGCCCAACCCUUACCUCAACAGUCCACUGUCUGGCCGUGGCAUCGCAAGCAAUGUCAGUGGCGGUGUCCGUGGCGAAGACGGUCGAUCGUAUUCCAAGAUGUCGCCUGGUUCUUCGAACAUUCGCUACACACAGACCGAAGAGUACCACAAUGCGCCGGUGUUCAGUCCACAUGGCAGCACCCUUCAAGGCAGCUUCAUGUCACGAACUGCUCCACUGCCGCAAGAACCAUUCUGCCAACCAGACUGCAAAGCCCCAGCAUCUUCCAGCGCAGGUAGCAACGUGAGCCAGUGGCCACCAGUUCCAAGCACUCCGAACUCCUCGGCGUCAUCGUUUGCAACGCAGACAUUCAAUGAGCAGACCUCUUCCGACGAGCAAACGUCUCCAGCUAGUGGCUCUGUGGCGAUCAGCGAUCACUACUCCAAGACGCACCCGGAGCAGGCUGGAAGCAAGCCGGAGGUGUGGAGUGAGCGUCAACAUCCACAGGGUCUUCGACGUGCUCUCAAAGACCCUCAAGCCGACUGGGAGGAGGCUUACCCUAACGCUCUUUCCAUACUGACAUGCAUGAAUCCGGAGACAUACCAGAUGCCAUUUGGAACUCGAGUCAUUAACAUCAAAACAGAGUAUCCGCGCAACAUCCUGGUAUCCCUCAGAAGCGGCAAAUACUCAGUCAUGGAAAAGGUUGCAGAGCGCAUCAUGAAAGUGUGGGACGCCCGCGAGAAAGCAUCGGAGAAAGUUCUGUUCCUCUUCUCGGUCAAUGGCAGCAAGAAGUACUGUGGUGUGGCCGAGAUGUCUGCACCAUGGGAGCGCGAAGACAAAAUCCAAGACUGGGAGGAGAAUCCGGCGAGCAAUCCUUGUGUUGGAACCAUUCCCGUCGUCUGGGUCUUUGUCAAAGACGUCGCUUACCACCAGUUCAUUCACAUCCAACAGCCCAACAGCAGCAACCCCGUUGGAAACAUGUGGAAUGGCAUGAAUUUUCCAAGCGACACCGGACGUGAAGUCAUGGAGGCGUACGUCAAAGCACCAGCCACCGCGAGCAUUCUGGGCCUGCCCAGAGCCUACCAGGAGAAUGAAGGCCUCCCUCCACCAGCUAUCUACAACCGCCGCGGUGGCUUCAACAGUCGCAGCCAUCGAGGUGGUCGUGGGGACCUACGUGGUGGUGCUCGCGGGGGCCAUGCCAUGACCCAGCACUGGCGUCAGCAGGCUAAUUCCGGCACCAAUGCGCACAGUGCAGAGUCUGAUGCGGAUCUGACUCCGACUGCUGCCACGAUUGAUGGUCAGAGAUACUCUGCCGCCCGCAUCGGACCGCCGCCGAAGUUCAACUCAUCAUCACGCCAGGCGCAGCCGCUCAGGCCACUCCAGCAGGGUCAGAUGUUCUCUGUCAUUGUCAACGAUGAAGGCAAGUUCGAGGUCGUGGGUAUGGAUGAUGGCACGCAAGUCCAAACGAGCUCUUCGUUGCCCACUGAUGGCGUCAAAAUCGAGCCGCCUUCACGACCUGGUCAUGGUGGUAUGAGAGGUGUUCUUCACGGCGCGCGCUCGCUCGGCAGCCUCCACCAGUCUUCCUCGUCCACGUCGACUUUGCGACCGCAGAAGGAACCUAGCGCCCCGCGUCUUCAUCCAAGUGCAUCCAUGGUUAACAACGCUUCGGCGCAAAACCCAGGCCUGCAGCACAAUGGCGGUACCUCGCCUCUCUCCGCCACCUGGUCCUCUUUCGACUUGGGACAAACCCAUGCUCUGCGCUCACUGGAAGCUGUCAACAUGUUGAGCCCAGACGGUCUCAGCGUCUUCCCAAGAGGAGAGGGCACGCCAACUCGCCGUCCAAGCUCCCGCGCUUCUAGACGUGCUGACAACGCUGGCCCGGACAGCUUCGAAGUGUCGCAACCGAAUGCCAACUUGCUCAAGGCUAGAUUCCACGCCAUUGCAGCAGAUCAGUACUCUAUCCAUGCCCACCUCGAUCAGCCAGACUUGAGCGAAGCCAACAGUCGCUUCCUCAUCGCCAAGAUCGCUCGGGUCGUGUCUGAGAAGCGCCGCAUCCAAGCUCAGCUCGUGACGAUGGGCGUACAUCUGGAGACCAUGUCACCAAUGGCUCGCAACAGCUUCAGCUCCACUGAACCCGGAUCUGAAUCUUCUGAGAGCGUUGAUGACAUCUCUCCAGUCCGCGCCGAGGACGGACGCCGCUUGCGAUCAGUGUCGAAGCUUGAUUCGCCUCUCCACACUAUGGAUGGCGGCAAGUUUGAUAAGACCCCAGGAGGUAGCGAGCGCAGCAAGAGGCAGAGGUCCAACCUGUCGUCGGACUUGCAGAAGAAGAGCAUCAAGGACUUGUUUGACAGCCCGAAGACGAACUCGACUCCGGCUGGCCCAGCCUGGAGCAACUCGCCCUUCUUCCCAAAGAGUGUCACCAGCCCUUGCGAGCGUCGCGCUCUCAAGAUCCUGACUCCGCGUGGUAGCGGUAUCAACGACUCGACUUCGCCAAUGUCAUUCCAGAGCUCCAACUUCCCUUCUGUUGCCACCGCGGUCAAUGACGAGGACUUCUUGGACUCUUGA